AUGCGUUACCUUUUAGUCCGGUUGAACAGCCAGCCUUACUGCCGCAGUGACCACCGCUGGUCCUAUGAUAAGGAGACCGGCGAAUGCCGUGAGUGUCAAAACCUCGGCUCGGAGAGCAUCAUUAAGUGUUGGGAGGCUGUAUGCAAUCGCCUAGCAGCUAUACCCCCUGGAUGCCUCACUAUCGAGUUCAUUUGCGAUGCGAAAGACUUGACGACAGCCGAACGGUUUCUGAGCCCGAUGAAUGCUCUCCCGCGCCUCAAACAAUGCACAAUACAACUUGGAAGACAGCACGAUUCAGAUCUGACCUCGCUCGCCCGCUCAACUAUACUCAGACUGACAGGAGGAGUGCAACACUUGGAAAGCAGUAGUUCCCCGUUCCCAUUUCUCUCAUUGCCGACAGAAAUCCGCCUUCUCAUCUUGAAAUUUGCAAAUCUUGCCCCGGAAAGCAGUAUUGCGAAUGAUGAUAUUAUUGUCACUAAGAAUCACAUUGAUUUUCGGCUCAGUCUAAGUUAUUUUAAUGCCUCCGGGAAAUGCGGUUGCCGUUGCGCCUUCAAUAGGAGACACUGCUCCUGCCAGACUUACUAUGCGUCAGAUUCAGCUACAUGCCAAUGCCGACCGCUGCCCUUGAGUCUACUGCAGGUUUCUCGCCAAGUCCAUCUGGAGGCUUCUGAGUUGUUGUACUCUAAAAACACAUUCAUUUUUGGUGACCCUUUGCCAGAUAUCUUGGAAUUGUUGGAAUCCUUUCGGCCAGAGAUGCUUCGGGACUUCCGACAUAUUAGAUUUGACCUGGGAAUUAUUUACCGCAAGAUCGGAUUUGCUCGCCAAGACAGAACUAGAUGGACGUGGGAAGAUUUUGACAAGGAUUGGGUCUCACUAUUGUCAUUCAUCGCAAAAAGCUUUGAGAUAUCCAAGCUUUUGAUCAAGAUCGACACAUAUUUUGACAAUGCUUUUACUUACGACGGACCAUUUUACAGGAGCCAUUAUGAUGCCUACAUUGGGAUGGUGAAGGGGGUUAAGAGAUGUCUGGGAUCUGGCCUACAAGGCUUUCAUAUUAGUCUCGGAUUGUAUCCUCAACUUGAGCCUGAAUUGGAAAGGUAUGUGAUGGAUUCCGAUUAUACAAGCGGAAAAGGUCCAUGUCCCAAGGUUUCCCCCGAGUCUCGUGAUCGCGGGUCUAGUACACCUGUGGACAUUCCAUCUUUGCACAAUGAUCUUUAA